AAACAGGAUUCUGCCGCAUCCCGCACAGAGAGAGAGAGAGAGAGAGAGAGAUUAGGGUUUGGGUUUCGUAUCAGCCAUGAAGGCAACAGAGGAAGAAGGGCUGCUGAACAUGAUCAGACCGCCCCGGCUUGAAGACGCUGGGCUCGAAGACUGUGCUCUGGCACCGGAAGCAAUUAAAGAGGCGUUUCUCAAAGCGGCGAGUUCGGUCCGAACACAGGCGAAAUCCAUCUUCCCCGCCGAUGACAAUGAAAUCGAUGGUGGGUGUUGCGUCAAUGAUCCCGGGCCCAGCAACGGAGAACUGCGGGAUGUGCUGACUCAGGUUCCUCCCGAGGAUCCAAAACCCUGCGGCGAGGCUGAGAAAGGCGGUCUGCCCGAAGUAAGUGGGGUUAAGGUGAUCGUUGUGGGAGUUGAAGGAGGAGGGGCUUCCGAUAGGGUAUUGGGGGCGGCAGUGCCGGAAUGGGAGGAACGGAAAGGAGGGUGUGUUGAGGGGUUGUUAGAAGGGUUGGAGAUUGGGGAAAAUGAGGAUUUUGGUGAUGAAGGGUCUGAGGAUGAAAAGGAAGAUAAAACCAUAUUAGCUGAAGCUUACAUUUGAUUUUUGUUGUUGUUGUUGUUCUUGUUUUGGUUGUACAAAUAUAUUUUCAUCUGUAAUAGAAGUAAUUCAAUGGUUUUUUUUUUUUUUU